GAUUGAAUGACCAAAACAGAGAAGACGAAUUAGCCCUUGCUGUAAGCACUUAUUUUCUUCUUGGUACCUGACUGCUUUGUGGAGAAAUAACUUAAGAAAGCGUGGAUCCUUAUUGAUUUCGUGACAGGCCACAGUAAAACACAGGUGUACAGGAACCAUUUACCAUGGAAGCCAGGGAACUUGGGAGUCCCAUACCCACCUACCAUCUUCUCCCCAAGGCCAACCAGCACACUGUAAAAGAAGAUGCCAGCUCACCAUCUCAAGGGUCUCCAGAGACUAUGCAGCUGAAGAAGGAGAUCUCCUUGCUGAAUGGGGUCAGCCUGGUGGUGGGCAACAUGAUUGGCUCAGGGAUCUUCGUCUCACCCAAGGGUGUUCUAAAAUAUACUGCUUCCUAUGGGUUGUCACUAAUUGUGUGGGCCAUUGGUGGGCUCUUUUCUGUUGUGGGUGCCCUUUGUUAUGCAGAACUGGGAACCACUAUCACCAAGUCAGGGGCCAGUUAUGCUUAUAUUCUAGAGGCCUUUGGGGGCUUCAUUGCCUUUAUCCGUCUGUGGGUCUCACUGCUAAUUGUUGAGCCCACCAGUCAGGCCAUCAUCGCCAUCACCUUCGCCAACUAUAUCAUCAAGCCCUCCUUCCCCACCUGUGAUCCUCCAUAUUUGGCCUGUCGUCUUCUUGCUGCUGCCUGCAUAUGUCUGCUGACAUUUGUGAACUGUGCCUAUGUCAAGUGGGGCACACGAGUACAAGACACAUUCACAUAUGCCAAGGUUGUGGCACUCAUUGCCAUCAUUGUCAUGGGCCUUGUUAAACUGUGCCAGGGACACACUGAGCACUUUGAGAAUGCCUUUGAGGGUUCCUCGUGGGAUGUGGGAAACCUCUCUCUUGCCCUCUACUCUGCCCUCUUCUCUUACUCAGGUUGGGACACCCUUAAUUUUGUAACAGAAGAGAUCAAAAACCCAGAAAGAAAUUUGCCCUUGGCCAUUGGGAUUUCUAUGCCAAUUGUGACACUCAUCUACAUCCUGACAAACGUGGCCUAUUAUACAGUGCUGAAAAUUCAGGAUGUCCAUGACAGUGACGCUGUGGCUGUGACAUUUGCUGACCAGACAUUUGGCAUGUUUAGCUGGACCAUCCCCAUUGCUGUUGCCCUGUCCUGCUUUGGGGGCCUAAAUGCAUCCAUCUUUGCUUCAUCAAGGUUGUUUUUCGUGGGCUCACGUGAGGGCCACCUCCCGAACCUUCUGUCCAUGAUCCAUAUUGAGCGCUUUACACCUGUGCCAGCUUUAUUGUUCAAUUGCACCAUGGCACUCAUCUACCUCGUCGUGAAGGAUGUUUUCCUGCUCAUCAACUACUUCAGCUUCAGCUACUGGUUUUUUGUGGGCUUGUCUGUUGUUGGACAGCUCUACCUUCGCUGGAAAGAGCCUGACUGGCCUCGACCUCUCAAGCUGAGCCUCUUUUUUCCCAUCGUGUUUUGCAUAUGCUCCUUGUUUUUGGUGGCCGUACCCCUCUUCAGUGACACCAUCAAUUCCCUCAUUGGCAUUGGGAUUGCCCUCUCUGGGGUCCCUGUCUACUUCCUGGGUGUUUACCUGCCAGAGUCCCGGAGGCCACUCUUUGUUAGGAAUAUUCUGGCUACUGUCACCAGAGUAACCCAGAAGCUUUGCUUCUGUGUCUUGACUGAGCUGGAUGUAGCUGAAGAGAAAAAUGUUGAGAGGAAAACUGAGUAGAAGCCAGAGAUGACAUUCCCUGAAGCCCAGAGACUGUGUGACCACAGCCACCAAAGACCAGUAACUUAAGCCUUCUGAAUUAAAUGAACCUCUUGGCCCACAUUCUGUAAGGGGGCUCAGGGCCAAUGCUCUCUCUUUGGUAAGCUACGGAAAGAUACUGAUCAGACUAGCCUGAAGAUGGGGACUUCAGUGGGAGGGGAUUUUGGGGUAGGGGUUGAUUUUGUUUCACUUCUUCUGGUGGAUAGGUACAGCCUGUUGGUGCAUCGUAACGGCAAAGAGGGAAUGUUAGGUUGACAGAUAUGGCUUGUGGUUCACAGCUAUUUCUAGUUUAAGCCAGGAGUCUUCAUAGUGGGGCUCCUUCAUGGGAAGUUUUCCUCUGACCAAGUCCAGCUACUUGAUUUUAGAGCCUGAAAUGCUGCCAUUUCUUCCUGUGGCCUAAAAUUCUUCCUUAGGGAAAACAUUGUGUUCCUCCUUUUUUGUUGGGUAGCACAAACAGCAAGACUUUAUUUAACUGACAUGGGAUCAAUGUGUGCCCCUUUCCUGAACUCCACAAGAGGAACAUCAGUCCCUGCUCCGGAACUUCAUGUUCAAGCAGAGAAUAAGCCUGACGGGAGAAGAUCGUCUCUCCAGGGUCUGGGCAUGGGUACCCACACAUCUCCUUGAGGAGGUGCUGCCUGUCUGAUUGACUUUGCUUAGAUCAUUUUAGCACUGUUGUCAAAAUCCUUAAACAAGGAGGUGAGCUUCUGGCUCAUAAAGAAAUUGGCUUGGCCACUUGAUUGCCUCUUCCUAGCUGAAGCCAUGGUGCUGUGGAGCCCUUGAAACAUGGGCUGAAAGAAAACCUCACUACUCCAGCUGAGUGGGAGCAUCUCUACUACUACCUGGACAAGUCACUACUGUUACCAAAUUCCAACUCCUAUAUUUCAUUAUUUAUUGAUAUUUAAUCCAGGACACCAAUUUUAGCAAACCAUUAGUGAUUAUUUGUCUAUAGGAUGCAAUAAUAAAUUGUUUGAAAAAAAAGUAUCUUAGCUGGUGUGGUGGUAGACACCUGUAAUCUGAGCACUUGGCAUGGUGAUGCAGAAAGAGUUUGAACUUGAGGCUGGCUUAGGCUACAAUAGUAAGUUCCAGGCAGCCACUCUGGGCUAACAAGAUCCUGUCUUUUUUUUUUUUUUUUUUUUUGGUUUUUCGAGACAGGGUUUCUCUGUGGUUUUAGAGCCUGUCCUGGAACUAGCUCUGUAGACCAGGCUGGUCUCGAACUCACAGAGAUCCGCCUGCCUCUGCCUCCCGAGUGCUGGGAUUAAAGGCGUGCACCACCAACGCCCAGCCCCUGUCUUUUUUUUUUUUAAAAAAAAAAAAGUUCAACUCUCAGAGAUGUCUCAAUGUGAUAGGUCAAAUCCUGACCAUGUUUCACAUAAUCUGUUGAACAUUACUAUUAUCAUUGUUAUUAUUAUAAAGGUGAAGUUAAAGGAUUUUUAGGGCUGGACAUGGUGGUGAGCACCUGUGAUCCUAGCACUCAAUAAGCUGAGACAGGAGUUGCUGAAGUUCACAGCUGGCCUGGGCUACACAGUGAGUACCAUAUUAUCUGAGCCUACAAAGUAAGACCCUGUAUCAAGAACAAAAUCAAAGGAUAUUUUAAAACAUGUACCUGUUAUACUUUAAUAUAUAGAUAAGUCACGUUACUAUCACCUGGCUCAGCUCCAGAUGAUCUGUCUUUGCAUAUUACAGAAGUCUGGUAAUAUUGUUAUUUUGAAGGAUAAUCCUUUGUUUUAUUAAGACUUUUGGCCUUUGUUCUAGUUGAUAGAAAGUAAAUCUCUGGAUCUCUGUUGUAAAGUGUAAGAGGCCUGGAAUGUUUUGGAAUUCGGGUAAAUUACCUGAUUCAUCAGUUCUCAAUGAACUUGGAGAACAUCUCAUGGAUUCAAGUCAUCAAAUAGCGUGUUCUCUAAGGGCCUGUGUGAGGUUUGCUGUGUAGACUCUUACAAGCCAACUCUGGUGCUGGAAGUGGAACCACACUGGCUUCAGGCUUUGCUCACACUCAAUCAUUUUGGGUCAUGGGAUAGCACACCUGUUUGCAUUCUCUUGUUCAAGAGCUGGUGAGAUUAAAAUCUAAAAGUAUAUGGUACUUGUGUAUCUUUAUUUUCUCCCUGUGAAGAUCAAUGAAGACUGCAGGAGAAAACAGCUUCAACCUCAGUCUGGCUCCUGGGAAAGGGUGGUAACCAGCUAAUUGUGGUGACUGGGCGAGGCUACCAGUUGAGGCCAAAACAAUAGACUUGGAUCUUUGUGGGUAGUGUGUCUACAUUGGAUUGCACAACUGUCUUGGGAUGCCCUUAGACACUGUCAUCUUGGACACAGAAGAACCUGCUGUUUUGGCAUUCUCCAUGGACAUUUCUUUUUAUCUUUAAGUUUGGGGAUUCGUGAAAUCAAAUCAAACAGAUAACUACUAUGGGGCAUUCUCAACUUCUGAUCCUUUUUAUUUACCAAACUGGCCUUAGUUGCAAAGGGGUAACCUUGAAUAUAUGCUUGCUCAAUAAAGACUUAGGUAUACAUAAUUUAAAAAAAAAGACUUAGGGGAGCGUAAUCAUAGCUGCUUUUGGUUAUAGGAAUGUAUUUGUGAGAGCUUGUGGGUUUCUGCCAUAGGUUAGGGAUUUGUAGAAUAAAUUCUGGCCUGGUAAGGUGUUUUAUGCAAAGACUGACUUGCUUAAACCAUGCAAACAUGAUUCAUGUCUGAGCCAAGCUGGCACCCAUUCCAAGGCUCUUCUGGAAUUAAGUUUUUAAGCAGAGUGUGACCCUGGUUUUAGUGGUCUUUGGCCCUUAAACCAGCUAAUCCGAGGAAUUUGCUGCCCUCCAGUGGAUUCUGAGAGGAAGAACCUCACACUCAGGAUGCUCUAAUACUUGCUUAGUGACUGGACAGCAUUUUUCCCUUCUGAGCUGAACACAGCUUCUCCCAGGAACCCUUUCUGUGGGAAAGAAGCCAGACUUCCUAUAGCACUCAUGAUUCAUGGUAGAAUUCUUCCCACCAGGUCUUUGUCUCUUUGAAUCUACCUCCUGGAGUUCUAAUCCCAUUUACAGUGAGUAGGACAGUUUGUUCCUUUUGUAUUAGGUACAGUCUGUGAAGUUGUUGGCCCUUUAAUGUUAGCAAAACCUAAUGAACACAUAUAAAGCAGUGAGCACGCUAUAGUGGCAAACAGGAUGUUGGUCUUGCUUGUAUGACUACAGAUCAAGGUGACUAUUAGAAUACCACCGCAUAUUACUGAAUUAAUAUUAUUAAAGAAACACUGAAUUGUUCAUUGAUAUUCAGAAUAAAGUAACUGGGAUAGUUUUAUUAGUUUGAUUAGUUGCAAUAAACACGAGUACACAAAUUAGACCAAUUUGACCAGUUUAAUACCUCCUGUAGGUAGAAACUACCACAUAGGGAGAGUCUUAUAGACAGAGAGUGAAAGAAUGAACAGAGAGGUUUAUGAACUUGUAAGUAGUAGAAGAAAGCAUCUUUGCAAUUCUUUUCCCAAGGAAUCAGCUAUCACAGGCUAAGAGGGCAUUUGCUGAAUUGAAUGUUCUGAAGGUUAUUUCCCUAGACCUAUACAGUAUCUACUACAGUAACUACUAGCCACAUGUAGCCAAGUUAAAAUGAAAUAAAAAUCCAACCAAAUUGAUAGCACUUGGAAGACUAAAGCAAGAUUGCAAGUUACAGUUUAAAAAGAAAGUCAAAAUACUCGUGGGUGGGUGGGUGGUAGUGGCCCCACCUUUAAUCCUAGCACUCCAGAGGCAAAUAGAUCUUGAGGACAGUCAGGGUAACACCGAGAAACCCUGUCUUGACAUCCCCUCCCCUCAAAAAACCCAACCAAGCAAAAACCUCCUAAUGCUGGUUGUGGUGGCUCACACCUUUAAUUCCAGCACCAGGGAGGCAGAGGCGGUUGGCUUUCUUCUGGUUCAUUGCCAGCCUGGUCUACAU